GUUCUCCUGCGUGUGAUGUCAGCAGGGGGCGGAGGAGGAGGAUGGGGGGGCUCCUCCUGCACCAGCGAUGCUCCGCUGCCCAAUGACAGAGCAGGAUGUUCCGGGAGGCUGCUGGCUGAAUGGAGGCGACAAGAUGCUGUCCACGGCGACGAUUGACACAGAAACAGAUCUGAUGCUGACGUGUCCUUCCUGCUGACGCCUGACUGAGUCACCCAUGUGUACUUCUGAGUGUCUGAGCAGCCUCAUUCCAGCGUGCCCCUGUUAAGGACCCCUGGUGGCUGCGCCGCUGAUUCACAGGAAAUGUACGGCAGUGCCAGAGCUGUAGGUCAUAUCGAGAGCAGCCCCGCGCGGUCCCCGCGCCUGCCAAGGUCCCCCAGAUUGGGCCAUCGCAGGGCCAACAGUGGGGGUGGGGGUGGUGCGGGGGGCAAGACGCUCUCCAUGGAGAACAUCCAGUCCCUGAAUGCUGCUUACGCUACUUCAGGGCCCAUGUACCUAAGUGACCACGAGGCUGUGGGCUCCACUGCCACGUACCCGAAAGGCACAGUGACUCUGGGCCGCGCCACCAGCCGGGCCAUGUACGGGGGCCGCGUCACAGCCAUGGGCAGCAGUCCUAACAUUGCUUCUGUGGGGCUGCCCCACGGUGACCUUCUGUCUUACAGUGACCUGGGCUCCCUCUCCAUGCUGCACUCCCACCACCACCAGGGGGUGCCCUCCGCCCUGCUGAGGCAGGCGGUGCGAAGCAGUGGGGGGGAGCUGCUGGAGAUGCAGGCCCAGCUCAGAGAUAUGCAGAGGGAGAAUGAGCUGCUGCGCAGGGAGCUUGACCUGAAGGACAGUAAGUUGGGAUCAUCCACUAACAGCAUCAAGAGCUUCUGGAGCCCGGAGCUGAAGAAGGAGCGCAUCAUGAGGAAGGAGGAAGCGGCUCGGACCUCCAUCUUAAAGGAGCAGAUGAGAGUCACUCACGAAGAGAACCAGCUGAUGGAUGCCAGGAGAACUAAGCAUCUCCAGAUGACGAUCCAGGCUCUGCAGGACGAGCUGCGCACCCAACGGGACCUCAACCACCUGCUGCAGCAGGAGAGCGGGAACCGGGCCGCCUCGGAUCACUUCACCACCAUUGAGCUGACCGAGGAGAACUUCCGCAGGCUGCAGGCCGAGCAUGACCGACAGGCCAAGGAGCUGUUUUUGCUGAGGAAAACCCUGGAGGAGAUGGAGCUGAGGAUCGAGACCCAGAAACAGACGCUGGGCGCCCGGGACGAGUCCAUCAAGAAGCUGCUGGAGAUGCUUCAGAGUAAAGGGCUGCCGUCCGGACCUGGCCGGGCUUCUGACGAGGAGGAGCAGGAGAGGAGCCGGCGCAUUGCUGAAGCAGAGGCUCAGCUAGGUCACCUGGAGGUCAUACUGGAUCAGAAGGAAAAGGAAAACAUCCAUCUUAGAGAGGAACUGCACAGGAGAAACCAACUGCAUCAGGAUCCAAGUAAGACUAAGGCCCUGCAGACCAUCAUAGAGAUGAAAGACACCAAAAUCGCCUCCUUGGAGCGCAACAUCCGAGAUCUGGAGGAUGAGAUUCAAAUGCUGAAGGCCAACGGUUUGCUCAACUCAGAGGACCGAGAGGAGGAGAUCAAACAGAUGGAGGUCUACAAGAACCACUCCAAGUUCAUGAAGACGAAGAUCGACCAGCUGAAGCAGGAGCUGUCAAAGAAGGAGUCGGAGCUGUUGGCUCUGCAGACCAAGCUAGAGACCCUGAACAACCAGAACUCAGACUGCAAACAGCACAUCGAGGUGCUCAAAGAGUCUCUCACUGCCAAAGAGCAACGAGCUGCCAUCCUGCAGACGGAGGUGGACGCGCUGCGUCUGCGUCUGGAGGAGAAGGAAUCCUUCCUGAACAAGAAGACGAAGCAGCUGCAGGACCUGACGGAGGAGAAAGGAACUCUUGCUGGAGAAAUCAGGGACAUGAAGGACAUGUUGGAAGUCAAAGAGAGGAAGAUUAAUGUGCUGCAGAAAAAGAUUGAGAAUCUUCAGGAACAGUUGAGAGACAAAGACAAGCAGCUGGGGAACCUGAAAGACAGAGUCAAGUCUCUGCAGACCGACUCCAGUAACACUGACACUGCCCUGGCCACGCUGGAGGAGGCGCUAUCAGAGAAGGAGAGAAUAAUCGAACGUCUAAAGGACCAAAGAGAGAGAGAAGACAGAGAACGCCUGGAGGAAGUGGAUCUAUAUAAGAAAGAAAACAAGGACCUGAAGGAGAAAGUGAACAGCCUGCAGAUAGAAUUAACUGAAAAGGAGUCCAGUCUCAUCGAUUUAAAAGAACACGCCUCCUCGCUGGCAUCGUCCGGCCUCAAGAAAGACUCCAAGCUCAAGUCGCUGGAGAUUGCCAUUGAGCAGAAAAAAGAGGAGUGUAGUAAGUUGGAGACGCAGUUGCAGAAGCAAGCUGAGCAGCUUUUCAGUCAGAUGAACAAUCCUAAAGCCCACGAGGUGGAGCAUCAGACCGGGCCCAGGGGGAACCCCGAGUAUGUCGACCGAGUCAAACUGCUGGAGAAAGAGGUGAACUACUACAAAGAUGAAGCCAACAAGAGCCAGGCCGAGGUGGAGAGACUGCUGGACAUCCUGCGAGAGGUGGAGACGGAGAAAAAUGACAAGGACAAGAAGAUCGCAGAGUUGGAAAGUCCCCCACCCUUUGCCCCACGUCCAACCCCUCGUCCCAGUGGCAGAGCCCCUCCUGACCCGCUCCCUUCUGUGUCCGCUGCCCCCCAGCAGAUAGGGGGCAUGGUGUGGGAUUUCCUGGGAAAGCAAGGAGGCAAAGAGCAGAAUAAGAAGGGCUCCAACAUUAAACUGGGACCACAGGGCGACAAAAAAAUCUUAGGUCAGGACCCACGUAAGGACGGCUCCCUGGAAGGUGUCAAGUUGGAGGAGCUGAUGAACACGUUGGAGCGAACAAGACAAGAGCUGGACUCCACCAAGCAGCGCCUCUCGUCCACGCAGCAGUCUCUGCAGGAACGGGACUCGCACCUCACCAACAUGAGACAAGAGCGACGGAAACAGCUGGAGGAGAUCCUGGAGAUGAAACAACAAGCUCUACUGGCAGCCAUCAGUGAGAAAGAUGCCAACAUCGCUCUCCUGGAACUGUCAGCCUCGAAUAAGAAGAAGACUCAAGAAGAGGUGAUGGCGCUGAAGAGAGAGCGGGACAAGCUGAUGCACCAGCUCAAGCAACACACACAGAGCAGGAUGAAACUGAUAGCAGACAACUAUGAAGAUGAGCAGUACCACCCUCACGGCCCUCACCAUCCUCCGUCUCAGCCUCAGACGCAGUACCCCCACCCUCCUCACGCCCAGCAGGCUCAGUAUCCACACGGCCCUCACCCGCAGCAUCAGCCACACCCGCAACACCCUCAGCACCCUCCACACCCCCAGGGUCCCCAGCAGCACCCUCACCCGCAGCAGCCGCAGAUGCCCUAUCCACACGCUCCUCAUCCACAGCAGCACCCUCCGCACAGCCAACCUCCGCCGCAGCAUCAGCAGCACCCACGUCAACCCCAGCCCCAGCUCCAGCACCCACCCCAGCACCCUCACGGACACCCUCCUCCUCAGCAGCCGCACGGCCCUCCACAGCCGGGGCCACACCCACAACACCCACACCCGCAGCACCCACAGCACCCGCAGCACCUUCAACACGCCCCGCAGCCGCAUCACCCACAGCACCCGCACCACGCUCAGCAUCCACGCCACCCGUCCCCCCACCACCGUGGAGGACCAGCACGAGGACCCCCACACGCCGGCCAUCGCCCUUCUCCAGACCAGGACGAUGAGGAAGGAAUCUGGGCAUAAUCCUGCUGCAACAACCAAAGCGCCAAAAUUGAUUUGAGGGAAGAGUGGGUCACUACUGGAGGAGCACAGCCACACCAUGAUGAUGCAACACAAGCCAAACAACAUGGAGUCAACUAAACAAUUGGACCUAAAACUUGAGAGGGAGAAGAGAGGAUUUGAGGUGUUCUGGUCAGACGUGGGGGGGGCUGACAGCUGAGCAGAUUCCCGCUCGUCUGGCGCCGCCUCUCUCCCAAGACUGCCGCUGACAUCAGGCCAGUCCCCGUCCUGCGUCCAUCCCUUGGUGAACAGUUGACCAUCACGGUGACUGACUCCCGUCCUCACUGCCCUGCAGACCCACCUGGUGACAUCACAAACUGGCUUUUCUGACUCCAAGUGUGCAGUCUCUCCUCACGACAGUUGUCCCUGACACUCAGCGAAUCCAUUUUUCCCGUCACAAAAGACAUUUUCUGGUUCUGUUUUUCUGUUGGCAAACGAAAGAGCGACCAACUCUCUGAUGAUUUAGCCUUGAACGCAGCACAGAGGGCUCCCCUGACUGCACGAGCUUCUGAGGCUCAAACCCGUGGCUGCCGUCAAAGUUUUCCAUUCACGUUACCUCAUUUUGUCGACGAUUAAUCUAUGCAGCUGUCGGAAUAGAGUGGAAGGUUUUGUUUGUUUCAUUUCCCAUUUCUUCGACGACGAGCAUGACGAGUGUUUGGGAGACUAUGCACCCGCGCACCUCCUCGUAUUGCAGAAAUAUUAACUCAUAUUAUGGUGCUUCUGCUGGUGCUGAAACUAAACGGUGUCAGAAGGUCACGGACAUGAAAAGAGACUCGGUCCAACAACUGUACAAAGAACAAUUUUGCACAUAGAGUUUCACUACAGUUUUGUGGGCAGCUCCUGAGUCCCACAGAGGCGUGACUCUCCCAUUUAACCACCACUAUAGACUGUGAAGUGGAGUUCUGUAGACGUCCCUGUUCUGCAGGUCUAGUUGUGCCAUCGACACCAACAGUAGUCGCCCAUGUGAUUCUCCUCCCAACGCUAGCCCCAAAAAAAAGAAAAAAAAAAAAAACCUGGAGACUCCUUCUCCACAAGGUGGCCUCAUAUGAAGAAGAAAAUACUGUACACAUAUAUGAAAGAUAUGCAUAUAUUAUACACAUAGAGAGAAAUCUAUAGAGUGUGUCUAUGCGUGGUCAGAAAAUCGUUUUGAAGAUUCUAUAUGUUUAUUCUUAAUGGUUAUUUUUCUAAAGGGUUGAGGAGAUCAUGAGAAGAAUACAGUAACAUUCCCAGUGUUAAAAAAAAAUAAAUAACAGCCCAAAAAUGUUCAUAGAGUAGAAGGAAGAAUCCAAAUCCACUUUAGAGAUUAACAUUCCUUUGUGGGUGUGGAAGCUCUCUUGAAGACCACUCGGCCUGUGGUGACUGUUGCAGCUCACAUAAGUAGAAACUGCUGUUAGUAGCGGAGACACUUGCACUUGUGAGUGAGUGUGUGCGAGUGUGUGUGUGAGGACUAUCGCGGACAACAUCCAAGUGGAGGUUUGAGUGACUCUGUCCAGAUGCAUUUCCUUCAGUGUUUGUCGUCGUUGUCGUCCUGUAAACAGAAGUGGUGACGUACUUGACUGUGUCAGCUGGUUAUAGCUAGAUUUAAAAAAAAAAAAACAAAACAAAAAAACACAA